AUGCAGGCCUCCCGAAAGCUGGUCGCCUUGGGUGAUGGUGGAUGUGGCAAGACGUCACUGUUAACCGUGUAUACAAAAGGUGUGACUUGCGCCAAGACGGCUAUGCUGACCACAAACAUGGAUAGUGAACCCACAGAAACCUUGAUAGUCGACGACCGGAUGGUCGAACUGAGCUUGUGGGACACGGCAGGACAGGAAGACUUUGACAUGCUACGGUCUUUGUCUUACGCAGACACGCACGUAGUUCUGGUCUGUUUUUCGGUUGAUAGGCCAGUGUCUUUGGACAAUAUUGAGACAAAGUGGAUCCCGGAAGUCAAUGACAAUUGUCCUGGCGUCAAGAUUCUUCUGGCUGAUGUGGUCCAGACGCUCGCACAGCAGGGCUUGCGUCCAGUGCAGUACGGUCAAGGGCUCGCAGUAGCACGCAAAAUCAAAGCUACGAGAUACCUCGGUCAGUAG